UCAAUCUCAUAGUUGUCCUAAUGGUAUAAAUUUUUUCAUAAUCCCAAAAUUAACCUUUCAUUUAGUGAUUUAAUAAGUAUAUAAAACGAGAUUAAUAAAAUCAUAAAUUAAUUAUAAUGAAAAAAGUUAAAAAAAAACUUUUAGCAAGCAAAAAAAAAAAAAAAAGAUGAAUAAAACUGUUAAAGAAAUAAUCAACCCUAAAUCUAUUUUCAUUCUUCUCGUUUCUUCCGCCUCUCUUUCUCUCUCUCAUUCGCGAACAAACCCUAAGUCGCCAUCUCCGGUGACUCUCCACCUCUGCUCUCUCUAUCUCCGGUGCUUCUCUCCACCUCUCUGGCUCUCUCUAUCUCCGGUUCCGUCGCCUUCUCCGAGCUUCUCCGCCUCUCUUUCUCCGGCUCUCUGCUUCUCGCCGGUUUCAUCUCCGUCUCUCUGGCUCUCUCUAUCUUCGGUGUGACUGAGCGAACCGUCUCUCCGCCUCUCUCCCUCUCCAUCUCUCUCUUUCUCCGCCUCUCCGUCUCUCUCUUUCUCCGCCUGUCCGCCUGUCCGCCUCUCCGCCUCUCCGCGCCUCUGUGUCUCCGUCUCUCCGCCUCUCCGCGCUCCGCUCUCCGUCUCUCCGCCUCUCCGCAUCCGCCUCUCAGCCUCUCUCCGGUAUUUCUCUUAUUUUUUUUUACUGUUUUGAGAUAUUCGAUUGAUUAUGGUGAAGAAUGGGGAGACGUAUAAUGGGCACUUGGUUAAUUGUGAUACAUGGAUGAACUGUACAUAUAUUGGAACUGUCUCUUUUUAUGGUUGUUAACAGAUUAUAUGAAAGAUUUCCUUUGUGAAUUGGAAGACAUUUGAACUUGUUUAAGUUUGUGAAUUGAUAUGGCUUGUUGUAUGUGUGAAGAUUAUAUGAAUUGAUACGGGUUGUUAUAUGAAAGACAUUUGAACUUGUUUAAGAUUAUAUGAAAGAUUUCCUUAUUUUUGUAUGUGUGAAGUUGUUGUCUCUGUUCUCGUAAAGAAGAACCUUUGUCUUAGCUUGUUGGUCAAAUGAUAAGGGUUGUUGUUGCUAUGUUUCUUGUGUCUGUAUAAGGUUUUGAAUAAUAUAAUUUUUUUUCUCUGUAGAUAUGGAGUCAGAGCUACCUAAGCGACUGUUUGCAGAGGGUCUUGAACCUCAGGUCGAGAAGAUCAACAACUGCUGCCGCAUGGAACUCAUCAGGUAUCUGAAGACAGCUAUGCCUACAGAGUAUGAGGAUGUGAAGAAAGAUCCUGUUUUCACUCAUAUCAUGGCUAUUGCGGAAAAUAAGCUUAAGUUUUCGGCAAAACUGGUGGAUAGCUUCUUAUGUAGGCAGUUGAUUACCUCGAAGAAGCAUGAGAAGUGGUUUGUCUUUGCGAGGUCGCCUCUCCGGUUUUCGCUUCAGGAGUACCACGCUGUGACAGGUCUAAAGAUUUCGCGUGAAGCUAGCACUGGUGUAGUGAAAUGGAAAAACGAUGGGGGGUUUUGGAGUGAGCUAUUAAAGACGGAUGGUAAGAUAAGCUUGCAGUCCAUCAAGAAGGUACAUCUACAAGAAGUUCACACCUGGACUCGGCUUGAUAGGAUGAGGUUGAUCUACUUGUGCGUGAUAAUGGGCGUGGUGAUGGGGAGAGAUGAGAAGGUGUUUAUCCCUCAUAUGUAUAUCAAGUUGGUGAUGGAUCUUGACAAGCUUCGGAAGUUCCAUUGGGGUCUUCACUCCUACGAUUUUCUGCUGCGUUCCAUCGACAAGGCUACAAAGAAGUUGGGUAAGAAGGGCAGCUACAUUUUCGAGGGUUUCUCCUAUGCUAUCCAGAUUUGGCUUAUGGAAGCAAUUCCGGAUUUUGGAGAAAUAUGCGGCAGAAAACUCUCAGGCAGCUUCAGAGGUCCAAGGUGUGGCAACUGGAAAGGAGUUGCAAAAGUUUCUUAUCAAGACAUCACCAAACUUGAAGACUCAUUUACUGACAAGAGUGACUUCUUCUCGGUCAUCUCAGUGAGUGGCAAUGGUGAUGUCUUUCUGCACGAAGACUAUGCAAGGAAGGGUGAGAUGGAAGAUGAACGAGUGAACCUUGUCCUUAGUAGGAUCAAUAGCAAGUUCGAUUGGAGCAAGACGGAGUGGCCAGUUAUAGAACUUGAAGAGACUGAAAUGGAGGAAGCUUUGAAAGAUGAUAUAGAUGAAGAAGCUGGUAUGAGUGGCGAUGAUACUGAUGCUGCAGAAGACGAGGAGACCUCUACGGUUGAGGUUCCAGGAAAAGGCAAGAGAAAGGUUCAUGAUGAAGGAGCGGAGACAAGAAAGAAGAAGUUGCUGUGUAAGCGAGCAGCUGAAAAGAAACAGAGUAUUGAUAGUGAAACUAAGAGUUUCAUUGAGGGUCUCCUCGUUACAUAUGUUACUUCCUUGGGGGAUAAGCUCAGCACGAAAAUGGAAGAUAUGGAGAGGAGGUUUACGGAAAGGAUGGGUAAGUUGGAGACCGAGGUGUCACAGAUCAGGGAUGCAGUGAUGUUGAGUGAAGAAGGGAGCGAUCCUAGCAUGAGCCAAGCUGCAGAAGAUCUACUAAAGUUCAAAGGAGAUCAACCUGCAUCUGCGAGCAAAGGCGAUCACCCGACAGGAGCGAGCAUAGGCGAUCAAGCUCCACCAAAAAGCAAAGGCGGUCGUGUUCCACCAAAAAGAAAAGGCCAUCAACUUGUGCAAGCGAAAAAGGUAUUACCUAAGAGAAAAUGUAGAACUUGAUGAACUUGGAACUAGGAUGCUUGAGUUAGGAUGCUGGACGUAGGCUUUUGGAGCUAUGCCGUGCUUGGAACUUAAUUUUCAUUGUGCAAUAUUAUGUAACAGUUUUUAGUAUUUUGUAAUAUGGAAUGGUUAAUUUGUGUAAUAUGUUUGUAAUGUGUAAUAUGUUUGUGUAAUGGAACUCCAUGAAUGUAAUGCUUUGUUUGUGUUAUAUAUGA